CUUUACCAACUAUUACGAUGGCAUCACCCAAACCCACAAAUAAAGAAGUUACCAAUGAUGUGAUCGAGUAUGGCUCAGAAUUUUUAAGACCAGAAAUUGAUGAUAAUUCAAUAGAAGGAGGAAUCGAAAUCGAACCGACAAUUCAGUCUGCUGGAUCAUCAAAAGCAGGUCCAUCAACCAAUUUUACAGAAGGUUCAGAAACUCAUGAAGAAGUAUCAAAAGGAAAAGGAGAAGUUGGACAGGAAGAAGAAGAAGAAGAACUUAAUAUUUCAACGGCUGGUCCUUCUAGUAAGAAAAAUAAAAAAAAGAAAUCUAAAGGGAAAGCUUCAGCUAUUGCACAAAAAUUAAAGAACUCGUUGAAUGGUACGGUAAGUAACAAUGGAAAUAGUAAUACUGGGAAUGUAUCUUUGGAAAAUAAAUUGAGUCCUGAAGGUCAUCAGUUAGUCGUUGAUCGGAUUCGGGCUAAUAGUGGAGACGCAAUUGCUGAUCAAGUGGCUGCACUGGGACCAGCGGAACUUGGGAGGAUGUUGGAUAACCUUCGUUUGUUGGACGUCAUGCAAGGAAAGAACAGUGGUAAAAACAAAAAAGAUAUGGCAGAUCACAAGUUUUGGGCCACCCAACCUGUUUUACAACUCGAUGAACAAAACACCAGUUUUGAAGAAGGUGAAAUUGAACCUAAUAAACCUGGUGACGAAAUUCGUCAAACUCCUCUCACUUUACCUGAUGGAUAUGAGUGGUGUUCUUUGGAUCUUAAUGAUGAGAUACAAUUACGCGAGGUUUACGAGCUGUUAACUGGUAAUUACGUGGAAGACGAUGAUGCAAUGUUCCGAUUCGAUUACACAGCUCCUUUCAUUAGAUGGGCUUUACAACCACCUAAUUUUGUACAAGAUUGGCAUGUUGGAGUGAGAGUAGCUUCAGGAAAAAGAAGACUUAUAGCCUUCAUUGCUGGGGUUCCAAUGAAUCUCAAGGCUCGAUCAACGGUUAAGGAUUGUUCAGAAAUUAACUUUCUCUGUAUUCAUAAAAAACUUCGAGCUAAACGUUUAGCACCAGUCUUAAUCAAAGAAAUCACCAGACGAUGUAAUAUCAGAGGUAUCUUUCAAGCUAUCUAUACAGCAGGGAUAUUCCUUCCAACUCCAAUCUCACGUUGCCAGUAUUUUCAUCGAAGUCUUAAUCCAGCCAAACUCAUUGCUACUGGAUUCUCUUCUCAACCUCGUGGAGUUUCAAUCGCACGACUCAAAAGAAUGUAUGAAUGUCCAACUGAACCUUUAUUACCUGGAUUUCGUGAGAUGGUAGAGAGUGAUGUACCGACAGUUGGGAUCUUGUUGAGACGAUACAUGAGUCGAUAUGAUUUACAACCGAUCUUAUCAGAUGAUGAGAUCCGUCAUAACUUUAUUAGUGGAAGAGGUAAAGGUGAACUGAUAGAUGGCAGAAGGGAAGAACAAGUUGCAUGGAGUUUUGUUGCAGAAAAUCCAGAAAAUCAUACGAUCACCGAUUUUGUUUCGUUUUAUCAUUUACCAUCUACUGCAAUGAAUUCAACACCACAUCAAACGAUAGAUGCAGCUUAUUUAUUUUAUUAUGCGACUACAUCUGUACCUUCAUGUUCGAAUUUAUUUCAAUCAGUAGAAUCGGAACAUCAAUCUAAUCAAUUAGAAAAAGAACCUAAUUGGAUUGAAGAAAGUGUUGAAGAUAGAUUAGUCUUAAAGAAAAGAUUAAUGACUUUAAUUGGUGAUGCAUUGAUUAUGGCACAAAAGGCUAAAUUUGAUGUUUUCAACGCUUUAACCUUGAUGGAUAAUUCAUUAUUUGUGAAAGAAUUACAAUUUGGAGCUGGGGAUGGAUUUUUACAUUAUUAUCUUUAUAAUUGGAAAGUUCAUCAAAUUCAAGGUGGUGUUUCAGGUGAAGGUGGAAGUGUUCAAGUUAGUGAAGGCUCUACUGAAUCACCUACAACUGAAAGGAUUGGUAGUGGGGUUGGAGUGGUGAUGCUUUAAUGUUGUCAAUGAGGGUUGAUCAGCAAAUUUAAGAUCUAUUGUAAUGAUUUACUCUUUAUUCGAGUUACUCAAUAUAUCUAGUCUUUUGCCCAAACU